CGUCCUCACUGUUUAUUGUAGGAGAUCUGGUAGUUGGAGCGAGCGUAUUCUAGGUUGUAUUUUCUAUAUGAUUGUAUUGUACAAUCAUUCUUACCUGUGGUGCAGAACUCUCGUAUACUCACGCUUGACUGAAAAGUGAAAGAAACCUAGUGUAUGUGUUAAUACAUGUCUGGAUUAGACCAUCUAGGUGUCAUUAAUAUAUGGCCAUGCUAUGGGCAUCUCAGUUUCCAUAAUGGAAAUGUCGGAAAGCAAACAAGUUCGUUACGGCCACACGACGCACAAAGUUAUUAGCCAACCAGGAUUUACAUGUGCACCUGCGUCAUUUGAAAGACGACAAACAAGAAUGAGGCUGAAGGGAAUUCCCCUCUUAACCAGUCUUACGGGUGCUUGAAAACGCUAGCCAGCAUGAGAGUUAACUGAGCCUUCAAAGGUAGACCCAAAUGGAGUCACCGCGGUAUGGUAGGAAGUCAGCGAUUUUACUCCAGUACGCAUAUACCUGUCGACAACACCCAGAGAUCGCCCUUAGAAACCAGGCCAGGAUUUGACUAUUGACUACAUUGGAUGCGGAUGAUGGAACCCUAUUUCCGGUUACUCCUGGCAGCAGUUGUUCUGUUAGUAAUGGUGAAAUGUGGGAAAUCUCCGAGGACACGCUUAACCCGGUGUAAACAUGGUAACCAUAAGUAUUACGUCCCGUCCCUGAAGACGUGCAGACGCUGUCCGGCCUGUGACCCGGGGUGGGGACUUUCACCUGAUCCAGGGGACAAACUUAGGAUCGACCAAAGCAAUGGUCUACCCUUGGAGUGUUACAACUGUACCAAGUGUCCCUUGGGGAAAUACAGCGACAAGACAGGUCGCACGCUCUGUAAACCUUGUUAUAACUGCUCCACUUUGGAACGCGUUGAGCGGACAGUGUGCAGUCCGACACACAACGCUGUCUGUGGCGAAUGCAAACCUAUGUAUUACGAUAUCUACGCUCUAAAGUAUGAGAAUCCCGAUGUUACCAAAUCCUGUAAACGUUGCUCAUUUGUCAAGGACACAGACAUUGCUCAAUGUGCCAUAUACGCCUACAAACUUUCUGUGCCGCCUGACCUUACCACUUAUCUCUUAUCCACGACAACUGUGGCUACCGAAGCGCAUAAACCAGCACCCCACACAGACAGCAAACAAGGCAAUGGUAAGAAGUCGACACUCUGGUCAGCUAACGCUGUUCCCAUAGUUUCCGUCGUCGUCAUAAUCUCCGUUAUCAGUACCCUCUCUGUCAUCGGUGUCGUUAUACUUAGAAAACGUCAAGUUACCCACACAGAUCCAGUGACGGUGUCUUACCAUCGGGCAGAUCCGGAAGGAACCACGGAGAGCUGGCUGGAUGACACUGUACACCUUCAAACGGAGUUAGUGAAUGAGGAUACUUCUCGUGAUGACCCGUCGGCCCGACACCAAAAUAUGAUGCCAGGGAGCCCUCCCAGCAAAAAUGAGGAAGAGCCGCUCCUGGACACAAGCAAAGACCUAAGUACUUUGAACAACCCUUUGAACUGGCGGCAGAAAAUGCAUCUCCGACAAGUGGGGAGAGCAUGGCCAGAUCUGGCCCGGGCCUGGGGACUCACAGACGCCGAUGUGGAAUACUUGCGUGCGGAGCGCUGGGAGAGCGAGGGGGAGAGAAUCCAUCAGAUGAUACUUACCUGGGAGAGAAAAUUACCUCAAACGGCCACAGUGGGCAAUGCAUUCCAAGGACUGAGAACGUUAGGGCACCUUGGACUUGCCCAGCUAUUGCUGAACUCUGCCAUCGAUAAUGUGAUGUUCUCUCCGGCGCCUGGUGCUUUGUGUACUAAAUAGCCCAACGCUGGCCUGAAGUACUUAUAUAUUUGACUGAUGUUUUAUGUGGUGGUUGAUAGAGUCCAUUUUUGAUCGCGACCUUAGCGGUUCCGGAUGUUCCGCGGGGAUGCGGAGGUUUUAAUUAAACGGCAACCUCUGCGCCGUCCGCUCCCUCCGCGUCUUCCACGAUCCAGUGGAGGUCGCGGUUUUGCAUGGCCUCAAGAUUCGUGAGUGAAAUUAUUCAAGACUGGUCAGAAAUAGAGAAAAUUGGUUCAGAGCUUAUUCACGGAUCACGUGAAUGCGUAACUUUACACUUGUACACUGAAUGCUCGAUCUCAAGUCGGCGUGCGAUGAAAUCUGGCAGUUUCUGUCCACGCAGUUAUGGAGCUGAUGUUUUAUUGAGAGAAUCAGUGUACUCAUGUUCUGUCGACUAUCUUGUCGUAUUGGUGUCUAAAAAAUGUGACUUAAACAAACAAAUCGUCAGAAAAUAGUUCGUAUGAUCAGUUUAAAGAUAAUCAUGUGGUAUAAACGGUAUUUGAUCUCACCCCUGUCAGUUCUAGUAAGUCCCACGUUGGCGUCAGAUCGCCACCAUAGCAUAAACAACGUCAUGUGAUUGGUUACUGGUUUGUCUAAAUGAAGAUAAUGUUGAACAUGAAAGCAUUGUCUUACUGUCAUGUUUGGAGCAUGAGGUAAAGCGUUUUUUUAAUCUUUCUCUAGCUACAAACCCAUGAAUUUUUAUUUACGCAGCAAUGUAUAACUGAUUUCAUAAAAAUUUCAUGUACUGGAUUCUAUAAUAAAGAUGUCGAUAAUAGCUGGAAGAAAAAUCAUCUU